AUGUUUCGUCUGAUCAGAUUACCUUUAACUUCCACUCGCCCACGUUUUUCCCGAUCAAUAUCAACCGCUCCAAAAAUCAUAGCCAUUCGCAGAGAGGACAAAAGCGUGUGGGAACGUAGAGUUGCACUUACCCCGGAUGCAAUAAGUGACAUCAUCAAACAAACCGGAACAACUGUAUACGUUCAGCCAAGCAAUAAUAGGAUAUUCAAUGACGAAAAGUAUGUUGAGGCUGGAGCCAUAAUACAAGAAGAUGUCUCGCCGGCAGACAUAAUAAUAGGAAUAAAAGAGGUUCCAACUCGUAACUUAAUUCCAAAUAAAACAUAUGUAUUCUUCUCUCAUACGACCAAGGGACAGCCGUACAACAUGGCAAUGCUCAAAGACAUUCUAGAUAAGAGAAUACGGUUGAUUGAUUACGAGUUAAUGACAAACGAUGACAGGAAACGACUUGUUUUGUUUGGUACUCACGCAGGAUAUGCAGGAAUGAUCGACGGACUGCAUGGUCUGGGACUGCGGUUGCUUGGACUAGGAUACAAUACACCAUUCAUGCAUAUCGGAAUGUCUCACACUUACGACACACUCUCGUCGGCAAGAUCGGCAGUACGAGCAGUUGGUGAUACAAUUACCAAAGAUGGGUUACCGAGUGAGGGAGCUCAAGAUAUUUUUAGAGAACUUCCUCAUGAGUAUGUGGAAGCAAAAGACUUGAAAUCAAUUGUCAGCGGCAAAUAUGGAAGAAGUAGGCGGCUCUACGCAUGUCACGUGAAAUUAGAAGAUUAUUUACGUCGCAAAGAUACCGACAAAUUUGAAUCAAAAUCCGACUAUUAUGCUAACCCGGAUAAGUACAUUUCAACCUUUCACACUGAGAUCUCUCCAUACACGACAAUGUUGAUUCAUGGUUCAUACUGGGAUGCAAGAUAUCCAAGGCUACUUACAACCGAACACCUUCGAUCAAUCCAAGCAGAUUCGAACAAUAAGCAUCGACUGUUGAGUAUUGCGGAUAUUAGCUGUGACAUUAAGGGAUCAUUGGAAUUCACAUCUCAUUCUACCACGAUAGACGAUCCAUUCUAUUAUGUCGAUUCUAUCGCCGGAGAAGAGCAUAAAGACAUGGCACGCAAUGGAACGCAAAUCAUGGCUGUAGACAUUUUACCAACUGAGAUUCCUCUCGAAAGUAGUCAACAUUUCAGUAAAGCAUUUUACCCAUUCAUACUAGAACUGAUACAAAAACACGCUAUUACAAAUCCUGUUCUCAAACGUGCAACAAUUGCCGAAGAUGGCAGCCUCACCCCUGCAUAUAAUCAUCUAUAUGACAAGUUGCAAGGUAUUGAACAAGAGAAAAAAGUACAACAACAUAAUGAGAAAAGAAAGCGUGUACUGGUAUUGGGGAGCGGGUUUGUCGCAAAACCACUGGUCGAUUAUUUAAAUAAAUUGGAAGGUGUGGAUAUCACUGUUGCAAGCAACACCAAGCUAGAAGCAUCAACAUUGGUCAAAGGACUCGACGGAAUAGAGGUUGCCGAAUUAGAUGUUCGUGAUAUUGGGAGGAUGAAGACAUUGGUAGAUAGUUGUGAUGUAGUUGUAAGUUUCGUUCCUGCUCCGCUACAUCCCAGUAUUGCAAAGAUUUGCAUUGAAAUGAAGAAGCAUAUGGUUACUGCAAGUUAUAUAUCACCGGCCAUGAGAGACUUGGAUGAAAAGGCAAAGGAAGCAGGCAUAGCCAUAUUGAAUGAAAUAGGACUUGAUCCCGGUAUCGAUCAUUUGUCGACAAUGAAAGUAAUCGAUGAAGUUAAAUCGGGAGGUGGUGAGAUAACCUCUUUUAUCUCAUGGUGUGGUGGCUUACCAGCACCAGAGUAUUCCAACUUGCCGUUGAGUUACAAGUUUAGUUGGUCACCAUGUGGUGUGUUGACUGCCGCCUUGAACGAUGCUCGAUUUUGGAUGAUGGGAAAAGUGCAUAACAUUCCGGGAUCAGAUCUAUUAAAGAACCACUUUCCAAAUGUUCCAAUCUACAAUGGCUUUGCUUUUGAGGGUCUGGCUAAUCGAGAUUCGUUGACGUAUGUCGAUACUUAUGGCUUGGCUCCAAUAGAGAAUAAGCGGGCAAUGUUUCGUGGAACUUUGCGAUACAAGGGAUUCUCCGAUUUAAUGUACUCUUUUGUUAAUAUCGGGUUGUUGGAUUCGAGUGAGAUGACCAGACAAAUUGAUAACUGGACAGACUUUCUAGAUUAUUUGUUAUUCGAUAAAUCUAAUGUGAACAAUCCAAACAAUGAAUCCAGAAUUGACGCAAUAGCGGACAAGUUAAAGCUAUCAAAAGACCACGAAAUGCUUGAGAACGUAAUCGAUACUCUAACAUGGUUAUCCCUGUUUCCCACGUCGUCCUCUAGCACGCAAGCGUCUUCAUUUCCAAAUGUCAAGACACCAAUCGAUGCUUUCUGUUUCUUGCUACAAAACAAGCUCGCAUACAAUAAAGGAGAGACCGAUCUGGUAGUGCUCCAUCACGAAUUUGGAGUCAAGAAUAAACAAGGCCUUGAGGAAAUACGUACAUCAACACUGGUUGAAUAUGGUACUCCUGGUGGAUACACUGCUAUGGCAAGGACAGUUGGGCUACCAGCUGCAAUGGCUGUUGAGAUGAUACUUCGAGAUAAAAUCAAAGAGUGUGGAGUAUUAUCUCCCACGUCUCCGUAUAUUUAUAAGACGAUAUUAGAGAAUUUAGACUCUCAAGGAGUAAGAAUCAUAGAGAAUACUAGGAUCAGAGGAAUGGCAUCAAGUUUAAGUUGGAGCGGAAGUGGAAUAUGGGAAUGCUGA